CCAUACCGAAACCAACGGCCAAAACUACAAUCGAAACCACUUCGCGGUUAUUGAACUUACGGGUGUUACGUGCGGAUACGGCGGAUACCGCGACCUUGGAUACCGCUCGUAUGUAGUGUGUCCAAUGCGGCAAUGCAUCGUUUUGAACAUAAACUUUCAAUGACCAUAGUCAGUGAGGAUCAUCAUACUUUAUACUAUGAAUAUCGGCUGCUGGAGUAAUCUUUUGUGUACACCUGUCAAGUGUGUAAAUGUCAUCAUCGGCCACGAACUCUCUGCUGAACCUUCUCCAAAUAUCGGACAGCGCGUUUCCAACUGGCAGUUUCGCCCACAGCGCCGGCUUAGAAGUGGCAUACCAGCGUGGGUUUCUGACAACGUCGGAGAAGGUCGAAAAGUUCCUGCUUGCAAGUGUUGAGAAUGUAGGUUCCUUCAGUGUACCAUUCGUGAGAGAAGCAUACAAGCUGUGGACUGACCUUGGAGCCAUCAGAGCUCUGGAUCGCCUCCUGAAUGCCUCGUUGAGCAAUCACAUUGCCAACAGGUCGAGUACGCAACAGGGGCGGUCUCUGAUCCAGACUGCUUGUGCAACGUACAAGGAUACAAAACUCACCGAAAUUCAGAAUUGGAUCUACGAUGGCAAGUUGAUAGGCCACCAGGCUGUGAUGUAUGGCAUUGUGUGCGCAUUUCUGAGUGUUCCCGAAGACCAGGCCAUCCUGUCCUUUCUGUUCAGCUCGCUCCGAACCACAGUAGCUGCUGCAGUACGGCUCGGAGCUAUAGGCACACUUGAGGGCCAGCGGAUGCAGUUCAUGCUGCAGUCGAGGAUACCCGAGGUCAUGGAAAGGCACCAACACAGAACAUCGGAAAGUGCUGCCAAUGUGUAUCCCCUGAUUGACGUGAUGCAGAGUUCGCACGACCAGCUGUUUGCACGCAUGUUCUAUUCCUGACAGGAAAGCACCAUCAUGCGAAGGAUGUGACCAGCAU